CUAUAAAUUUGAGUACUUGAUUGGUUGUGAAUGGAACUUUAGUCAAGUAAUAUUUUCUUGGUGGGUUCCUUUCUUUUCCACAAAAACGAUGCGAAUUAUUUUUAAUUUUGGGAAAUAAUCUCAAUUCUAAAAGUAUUAUCUCAUCACUGAUACCCCAACUAUUCACCUGAGAAGAUGGAAAUGGCCGAAAGAAGUGAAGAAAGCUCAUCCGGAAGCAGUUGGUGGGGCUCAUUUAUUGACACAGCCAAAUCAAAGAGCGCAUCAGUUCUUGAAGCUGUUAAGAAGGAUCUGGAUGAGCUAUCAACAGCUGUUCGUACUGAAGCAUCAAAUGCUGGAGCUGCAAUCGCUGGAACAUUGAAGCUGGAUGAACCUGACUCAACGGCCAACACUGUUAAGAAAAGCCUUAGCUCCUUUUUAGGGCAAGUGACAGAGGCUCUAAUACCCAAUAUUGAAGAUGAAGACACUGAAGCCGUGCUAAUCACAAACAAUGGCACAAUCACACUGACGGGAUUCCAGAAGCAUUUAGCUGAAUUGCAAGGCAAAGAUGAGACGUAUUUGACAGAGCCGAGUGAUGACUUGGCAGAGAAGUACCAACGAUGGCUCCAAGUUGUGGAGCAAGAUCAAUUUACAGAACAGCGAUUGGCAAAACAUUUAACCGGAAGUCAAAUUCUAAAUGAAAAAUAUCUUUCCUUAGUGCCUGACAGUGUUCCACAUAUGGAAUUUUGGAAGCGAUACCUCUUCCGGAGAGCCCUCCUUGAGGAUGCUCUUGCGAAUGCCGAAAAGGCUGAACGACGGUCAAAGCAGGAGCAGAAUACAACGGAUACCGUAUCGCCGGGUGUCACUGUGAUCCAGACGGAACAACCCAAAAAAUCCACAGAUGAUAAAAUGCCAUCAAAAGAAAUUGUCACACCUGAUGAAAGUGAACCAUCCAGCGAGGAACAAGGAUCGAGUAUUGCUCUCAAGGAUGAAAUAAAAUGGGAAAGUGAGGACUUUGAAUGUGAUGUGGAACUGUCUGAAGAAGAACAAGCUCGCCUGCUGGCGGAGUAUGAGGCUGAAAUUCAGGAACGUGAAAAAAGGAAAUCUCUGGCAAAUGACCCUAAAGGAAAAUCUCCGAAGAAUGAGAAUAAAUCAAAAGCUCCCGCAUCAAAGGUUACACCGGCUUCAACGAAAGGACAAAAGGCAGCACCACAACAAAAAGCCACCUCCCAAAAGGCAACGACCACACCAAAGGGUGCGGGAAAUAAGAAAACUGGUACACCUGAAGGGAAAAAGCAGCAACCGAAAACUGCCACGGAUACAACUGCAAAAUCCGAUGAAAAGCUCAAUGUGGAGAAGAACCAUUUCCCAAAGGAAGAUGCUUCCUCCAAUUCAGACGAAAGCUGGGAAAAGGAAUUUGAUUUGGAGGAGCAGUAGAGACAAAUUCUUCCUAUAAAAUAUUGUAUUUUUUUAUUAGAAUAAUUUCUUCACGAGAUCUUUUUCAAAUUGGUUUUUAUCCAUUUUAUUCUUCUCUAUUAAUCCCCAAAAAAUCAAUGCAACUGCAAAAUCUUCAAUAUAUUAUUUCUUUAUUGUAUCAUGUGGCUAAAAGCGAUGAUGGUUACGGAAUGUUGCGAUAAAGAAAUAUAAAAAAAAACAAAUUUUUAAAACUUAUAGUAUCCCUAAAACAAGUAUAUAUAAUUGUAACUAUGAAUGAAAAUUUUUAUAGAAGUCCUAGGUUUAGAACUAACACCUAUGUUAUAAUUGAUCACACUCUAAGUGUGAAAUAAUAAAUUAAAUAAAGAAAAUAAAUCAAUUUUGCAAUGAUUAA